AGUAGACGACGCGGUAUUGUCGGGUACAGAUGUGUUUUGUUUUGACCAACAACCUCUGACAUUUCUGUUCUUCGACUGACCAAGUAUUGAUGAUAUGGAUCCACAUGUUGAUGACGAAGCACCAAAAGAUCCAGGAGCAGAUCACAAAAUCAAGUAUCCAUUCGACGAGAGAGAUUUCGAAGGUACCCCUCCAUCCCAAAGAGUCCAAUUCAUCCUAGGCGAAGAUGUGCGCGAUGAAAAGCACGAAAGCCACCCUCUAUUUUCCGAAAUGGAGGAACUCAUUGUCGACGGAGAAGACAUGGAGUGGAAGGAGACCGCCAGAUGGAUCAAGUUCGAGGAAGACGUGGAGGAAGGAGGCAACAGGUGGUCCAAGCCACACGUGGCAACACUGUCGCUGCACUCGCUUUUCGAGCUGCGCAGCCUUCUGCGCAACGGAACCGUUAUUCUAGACAUGGAGGCGGGUACCAUCGAGCAGAUAGCCGAUCUGGUACUGGACAACAUGGUAAACAAUAACGGUCUGACGUUUGACAAAAAGGACAGGGUGCGAGAGGCAUUGCUGAAGAGGCACAGGCACCAGCACCAAAGGAAGCAACACGGGUUGCCUUUCAUAAGGUCGUUCAACGAGAUGCGGAAUCAUUCGUCUUCGAAAAAUGGACCAUGCCUGAUGUGUAUAGGUGCCCCACCAAAGCGAUCUGAGUCUGCUGAUUCUGUUGCUGACCGUCAAAUGGUGAAGAAAAAUGGUUCUUUUAUUUUGGUGCCAGGUUUGGAAAAAUCCCCAUCGAUAAAGAAGAGCGCUAGCUACGCAACGAUCAACCGUCCUUCCAGCACCACCGACUUGGCCAACGAUCAACAUAACCUCGCUUUCAUGCGUAAAAUCCCCGCUGGCGCUGAAGCCAGUAACAUUUUGGUGGGAGAAGUCGAAUUCCUCGAAAAAACCGUCUCAGCUUUCGUGAGACUCAAUUCGGCUGCCAUACUGGGCGAUUUGACUGAAGUUCCGGUACCCACGAGAUUCCUCUUCAUCCUCUUCGGCCCACUUUCAUCGGCAACAGGUUACCACGAAAUCGGCAGAGCAAUGGCCACCCUCAUGUCAGACGAGGUGUUCCACGAGGUAGCCUAUCGGGCCCGUAGCAGAGAUCAUUUACUGGCUGGCGUUGACGAGUUUCUCGACGCGGUGACAGUGCUGCCACCUGGCGAAUGGGACCCUGCUAUCAGAAUAGAACCGCCUGCUGCCAUACCAUCUCAGGAUCAGAGAAAGCGACCCCCAGAAAAGCCGACGGAGGACAUUGAUGAAGAGGAAGAAGAACAAAAGCUACGCGAAGAAUCAGGACUAGCCAGGACUGGAUACCUUUUCGGCGGAUUAAUCAACGAUGUCAAAAGAAAAUCACCUUGGUAUUGGUCGGACAUCAAAGACGCAUUCUCCACGCAAUGCAUAGCCUCCUGGAUUUUCCUCUAUUUCGCCUGUCUCUCUCCUAUCAUCACUUUCGGGGGGCUGCUAUCGGAAGCAACAGGUCGCAAUAUGGCCGCCAUGGAGAGCCUGGUUUCCGGUUUUGUUUGCGGCAUGAUUUAUGGCUUGUUUUCCGGUCAGCCAUUGACGAUAUUGGGGUCUACUGGACCGGUCUUGGUGUUCGAGACUAUCGUCUACGAUUUUUGUUUGACAAUGGGAUGGGAUUACAUGAGCUUCAGGUUCUGGAUUGGUACAUGGAUAGCAGUAAUUCUGUUGUUAUUGGUAGCAAUAGAUGCUAGCGCAUUCGUUUGCUACAUCACCAGGUUCACUGAAGAAAAUUUUGCCACGUUGAUAGCUUUCAUUUUUAUAAUCAAGGCUGUGGAAAACGUGUUGGCCAUUGGAAAGAAAUUUCCUACUAACACGAGUGGUUUCACGAAUUUCUCGACGGAUUGCUCUUGUUUUUUGAAUGAUACUAGUCCAUCCAUAUACCCAGAUAUAACCAGCAAUUCAGUUGUUAACCAAACUCAAUGCUUGCAACUCAAUGGCACAUUGAGUCAAGGAUGCUUCACACCUCCUUAUGCUCCAGAUAUUUUCCUGAUGUCAAUUUUACUCUUCUUGGGAACAUUUCUGAUAUCCGUGUACCUGAAAGAUUUCAAAAAUGCACUUUUCUUUCCAUCAAAAGUUCGUCAAUUCAUCAGUGACUUCGCCGUAAUCAUAGCAAUACUAUCGAUGACCUUCCUAGACUAUAAGGUCGGAAUACCGACCCCAAAACUGGAGGUUCCACACGAAUUCAAACCGACCCUGCCCGACAGAGGGUGGAUAAUCGCCCCGUUUAACCACAACCCCCUGUAUUCGGUGAUAGUCGCCCUACCUCCCGCUCUACUAGGCACCAUAUUGAUCUUCAUGGAUCAGCAAAUCACGGCCGUUAUUGUCAAUAGAAAGGAAUUCAAACUGAAGAAAGGUUGCGGAUACCAUUUGGACCUCUUCAUCUUGUCCAUCCUCAUUCAGAUAUGCUCGGUGAUGGGCCUGCCAUGGUUCGUAGCUGCCACCGUGCUAUCGAUAACGCACGUCCACUCUUUGAGGCUGGAGUCUGAAUGUGCUGCCCCGGGGGACAAACCCCAAUUCCUGGGGGUCAGAGAACAGCGGGUGACGCACAUCUUGAUAUUCCUCUCCAUUGGUCUGUCAGUUUUUUUGACGCCCAUGUUGAGUCACAUACCGAUGCCAGUAUUGUUCGGCGUGUUUUUGUAUAUGGGCGUGGCGUCACUGAAAGGACUGCAAUUUUUCGACAGGAUCUUGAUCAUGUUCAUGCCCAACAAGUAUCAGCCAGACUAUAUGUUCCUGAGGAAGGUACCGAUCAAGAAGGUCCACAUAUUCACAGCAAUCCAAAUAGCGUGCCUGGUCUGCCUCUGGCUGAUAAAAUCUUUCAGCCAAACUUCGAUACUCUUCCCUUUGAUGCUGGUCGUCAUGAUAGGCAUCAGGAAAUCUUUGGACUGCAUCUUCACCAGGCGGGAACUGAAAAUUCUCGAUGAUGUCAUGCCUGAGAUGUCCAAAAGGCAUCAGUUGGAGAACGAAGAGGUGGGGUGUUGUACUGGAGUGUCUAGGUUCUUUUUAGGUCCCAAACUAGUCAAAGAUAAGCAAUACGUCGAGUGCAAUCAAUUUGUUAAGGAGCCUUAGUGGUAGAUAAUACCCUGAUGGUCUUUGUUUUUUUUUCUUGUUGACCACUAAUGCAAUAUAAUGAACCCCUCCACAGUUGAUAAAACUGUUGCAGCUGAAAGAUAUUUCUACACCGCACAAGAUGUGAACAUUUUUAAAUCGAACCACUUUUAUUUUCUAAAAUAUAAUGUACCAGAAUGUACUAGAUUUGCAUGCGCAUAUAAAUUAUACACUUACAAAAUAUUUUGUUCACUUCAACAAGGGUUUAACGGAACUAUAAUAGUUGAAAAACAUUGCUAGUCGUGGAAAAUCUAAUAUAAUUACAGUACAUACUUUCGUGAAGUACCUACGGAUGUCCCUGAAAGAUCUGUACAAAAUCUCAGAACAUAGUUCUCUGGUCAAAAUAAGUCGAUUUCAAGCAAUUUACCUCAGUCCGAAAAUGCUCAGUUUCGAAGAUGAAGAGUGGUAAAUUUAAAAAAUAAAAAUCGACAAGUACACUCC